UGCCUGUCAAGUGAACCAACAAAACCAUGUUUGGUAUUAAGUUUUAAAGGAAUUACACUAAUGUUAGACUGCGGCUUAAACAUGCAGUCUGUAUUACAUUUUAUGCCAAUGCCUUUGGUUCCUAGUUCAAAAUUCAAUUCAUUAUCAUCCUGGCUUCCUCGUGAUAAUCAUCAAGAUUGGCAAAUAGAAGGGGAGUUAAAAGAAUGUUGUGGCAGAGUAUUUGUAGAUUCAACCCCAGAAUUUUCUCCACCACUGGAGAAAAUCAUAGAUUUUUCAGAAAUUGAUGCUAUCUUGAUAUCAAAUUAUACUUGUAUGUUGGCUCUACCAUUUAUAACACAAGAUACUGGUUUUAAAGGCAUUGUGUAUGCCACAGAACCGACACUACAAAUUGGACGAUUCUUUAUGGAAGAAUUAGUAGAAUUUAUUGAACAGACACCUAGAGCAACAUUAGCUAAACAUUGGAAAGAAAUGUUGCAUGUUUUACCUCCCCCAUUAGCUGAUGCUCUUAAACCAAAAUCUUGGAAACACGUGUAUUCAAUGGUAGCAGUUAAUAAUGCUUUAUCAAAUAUCCAAACAGUUGGAUAUGAUCAGAAAUUAGAUAUAUAUGGUGCAUUAACAGUUACUCCCAUAAGCUCUGGAUAUUGUUUGGGUAGCAGCAACUGGUUAAUAUCAUGUGAUCAUGAGAAAGUUGCAUUUGUCAGUGGAUCAUCAACGUUAACAACUCAUCCACGACCUAUGGAACAGGCUACAUUAAAACAUGCCAACUUAUUAAUAUUAACAGGUUUAACUCAAACACCCACUGCUAAUCCAGAUACAAUGCUUGGGGAACUUUGCAUGACCGUUGCAAUGACUCUCAGGGCUGGUGGAUGUGUCCUAAUACCCUGUUACCCUUCUGGCGUUGUGUACGAUUUAUUUGAAUGCCUUAGUACCCACUUAGAUAAGUCAGGAUUUUCACAAGUCCCUCUAUUUUUUAUAUCACCAGUAGCUGAAUCAUCUUUAGCAUACUCAAAUAUAUUAGCUGAAUGGUUGUCAACAAAUAAACAAAAUAAAGUUUAUCUUCCUGAGGAACCAUUUCCACAUGCAUUCCUUGUUAAAAAUGCUAGAUUAAAACAUUUUACAUCUACGUAUGCAGAGGGUUUCAGUUCUGACUAUAGACAACCUUGUGUUGUCUUCUGUGGUCAUCCUAGUCUUAGAUUUGGCGAUGCAGUCCAUUUUGUUCAGUUGUGGAGUAAUAAUCCACUACAUACAAUAAUUUUUACAGAACCAGAUUUUCCAUAUCUGGAUGCACUAGCACCAUUUCAGCCUUUAGCUAUGAAAGCUGUACAUUGUCCGAUAGAUACAUCUCUUAAUUUUACUCAGGCUAAUAAAUUAAUUAGAGAUUUAAAACCAGAACAUUUGGUAAUACCUGAAUGCUAUACACAACCACCUAUAACAGCACUGCACAGGACAGAUCUUGUAAUAGAGCCUGUUGGUGAGAAGCCUUUAAUUACCUUCAAACGAGGUGAAGUAAUCAAAUUACCUUUAAAAAGGAAAAAGGGGCGAGUAUUUAUUGAACCCGAAUUAGCUGGAAACAUAAUACCAAGUGAAAUUCGACCUGGCUUGAGUCUUGCUUCUAUUACUGGUGAAUUGGAAGUUAAAGACAACGUGUACACAAUAAAGAGUAUCGAAGACAGACCAUGUGGAAAGCGUAAAGCUUCGUCCGGCUCACCUGCUCCAAUCAAGGAGGAAGUUUUGAAGGAAAGAAAACAUGAAUAUGGUAACGUGGAUCCGCAAGAGUUACUUCAAAAACUCAAUCAAGAAGGCAUCCUGGGUGCCAAGUUACAACAUAGCCCAACUGCUACCAGUAUUCACUUGCAAGAUGAAGAUACUUUAAUUCAAAUAGGAGACAAUUCAACACAUAUAUUUUGUAAUGGUGAUCAAAAGAUUAGAAGACGAUUAAGGGUUAUGAUAAUGCAGUGCCUAAAGAGAUUUUAAUAGAACAAUUAAGUAACAUCGAAUAAUGACUAUUUUAUAUGAUGUAACAAUUUUAUUAUAAUUUAUUUUUCUACAUCAUUGGAA